AUGGCGACGUGUAAAGCACCGGAAAUGACAUACACGUGUGAGAUUUGUGGCCUCGAGGGGUUUAACGAUGAAGAAAUGCGAUCUCACAUGGUCCUAUAUCAUCUUCAGGGUGCUGCCAGUUGUCCUUUUUGCGACCUGGGUGAAAUAUCUCCUGCUGAGAUGCUUGUACAUGUUAAUAGUGCCCAUUUGGAUUAUUUGACUCCCAGUACAAGUGCAACAAAAAUAUCUUACAUUAACGAAGAAAUUACAAGUGCAACAAAAAUAGUACGACAAUAA